AUGUGUUUCUCCACUGUGGCCGCAUCUACAGUUCUUAAUGUAACACAGUACAGUGUCUGUAAACAUGCCCAGGUCCUCAUCCUGAAAGACGUCCCAGUCGGUCUGCUGGCCCUGGAGCCUCGCUGUGCUGUAGUACAGACUGUCAAAGGAGUGCCACUGAGCUGUUCAUACCGGCCUGCACGGUACGACCGAGACGUCGCUAACGCAGUACCAGCAGUGGAGAGGCGGGCCUUUCCAGGUGGUCAGACCGAAGAAGUCCUUUACCUGCUCGUACUGCAGCAAGAUUUGAGCGAGCGGGCCACCUGGAAAGACAUUACGAAUUCAUAUGGGGAGAAACCAUAUGGCUGCCACAUCUGUGGGCGAUGCUUCAACCAGAAGAGCAGCCUCAAAGGCCACAUGAAGACACACAGAAUAGGGGAGAAUAUGGACCUGCAGGAGUCACAUCAGCUGAUGUUUUCGAUGCCCAAUAAUCAUCCACUGGAGAACCUCUGUGAAUCCAAAUCUGGCCUGGCAGCUUUACAGGAGGGGCUCCCAGGCUCCGCCUACAGCGAAGCUGCCGGCGAGCAGGUGUUGAUGCUAAAGGUCGAACAAAACGAGGAUUUUCAAACCCUCGGUCAGGCAGAAAACGACGUGGGGUCAGACACAGCCGCCCAGAACCGGCUGUGGAUUGAGAAGAGCAGCGGCACAAUCGUCCUACACGACAUCGAGUAUCAACUCAGUCCUACGGCGCCAGCCGAGCACCGGAAGGACGCGUCACCAAAUAAGAGACUGCCGUAUGUCAAUGACAAAGAAGCGAUGGAAAUGAUCCACAGUGGUCAUUAUCCGCUGGGAAUGCCGCCCACCUCCUCGGACAAGCAGGAUCAGCUCAUCAUAGAGGAGGUGGUGGUCAGCGAGUACAGCGCCGUCACCGACAGCUCGCAGGAAGUCUUUGAAUUUAAAAUCACCAACUCAGGCGGCUGUGAGGACGACGGCAGCGCAGACGCCGCCAGACAGAACUGUGUCAUUUGCUCCUCCUGUGGACAGAGCUUCAACAGUUUUUGUGUGUUUCAGAGUCACCAGUGUAACGGUAAUGACAAGUAACAACACCUCAGCUGUGUGGUGAAGAGUUCAACCAAAUAACCCUCCUGACAGACACCACAUCACCUCUGUGGAUUCUUGUUCUGGCAAAUGGACCUUUUUCACUGCAGUUCAACAAACCUCAUCCUUAAACAGCAGCACGGUGAUCUGUGCUCCUCAAAACUUGUAUCCUUGAUAAUAAUGACGAGUUUGAUGUAAUCCAGUGGGCCCUAUCUUGAUAGUAUGUAGAUCACGUAGCACAAGUGUGGUUGGUGUGUGUUCAGUUCCACGGGGUACAGAUUUACUCUGUUCAUUCAUCCUGGGUGUGGUGCAUCAUUAUGUAGUGGGAUAACUCCGUAGUUAGAGGUUUACUGGCGAGGAAACGUCUCUGUGACAAAGCGUGCGAAUGGCUCGUUUACGGGAGCAGCCACAGAGCUCCGAGGUGAAGCAGUUGAACAUCUCAUUCCUGCAACACUUCCUCCUCCAUCUCUGUUCACCCAGUUUCCUCCAUAUCCUAUCAGGCACAGACGGCCUCGCGGCCCGAGAAAGGCGCACGUCAGGCUGCAUCUUGGUGCCCCCCCCCCCCCCCCCCACCCCGUGAACAAAAAAUAUGGUACAUACCAAAGUUAUGUACAGUAAACUUUGCAUUUUUCCCCCAUUAGUGUUUAAUUUUUCAUUUAAAUUCCAUGUUAGUUUGAGGGAUGAGUGCACAUGUCUGCGUGCACGCAGGUGUGUAAGACACGUGUGGAUGUUGCACCAUAUCAACAGCUAUAAAAACAUCAACAGCUACCUCAGGAUACAAACCCAACAACACUGCACCUGACCGCUCUGCUUUCAG